UGGACUUGUGCAGCAGGAAGACCCUUCAACGGGUGGUUUCGUUGUAGCUAACCGCGGACAUAAUAUUUCCCCGUGUUUUGGCGAUAAAAUGUCUUACAGAUUCAGCGGCCUCACUCAGAAGCUGACGGGGUCGUCUCCCAUGGCCGCCUACAGUCCGCAGGGACUGAAGCCUGGUCUGCCAGCAGAGCCCCCAACCAUGAUCUUUACCACUCCCACUAAGUUGUUGUCGGAGGCUGGGUCCACUGUGGAGUACAUGAGACCAAAUCGGGUUCCUGAGUUACAGAGAGUAUUCCAGGUGUCAGAUGGUGUUCCCAUUCAUUUGAAGCGGGGACUUCCCGACAGGUUACUGUACCGCACCACCAUGGCUCUCACUGUGGGAGGCACUAUAUACUGUUUGGUGGCUUUUUACUUGGCAGCCCAUCCGAGGAAGAACUAAUAUGACAGCCAGAUCUACAUGUCUUUUCUGCGUCAAUCAUCAUUCAGUGUCUCCUUCUGACCUGCCGUGCAGUCUCAUGGGACUCUAUGAAGAGAAUUAAUUACUUUUAAAACACCAGUGAUGACGAUUAGGAUUUCAUUCUUUGUAAAAAAAAAAAAAAAAUAUGUCUGUUAUUAAAUUUUAAGGGGAAACAAAAGUCAAAA